CAGGAGCGGAUGCGAUGUAUCCUUUUUCAGUGGAGUUGAAUGGCCAAUGGGAGUUGGCUUGUCGAGCAAACACUGAGCCCUGCGUUCCCAUUCAUUCAGUGCUGAGCAGGCCUGCAGAGCUGAGGAGAGCUGCGACCACACGACGCUUCGUUUUUUUUCCUCCUCUCUCUACAGCGAGCGCAGAUUUCUCCCCGCAACAGAAAGAGUAACAGCCUGAACUCUCCUUAGAUACACACGAAGAGAAGGGACAGACAAGUCUUGGGAUUAACGCUCACUCUUGUGUUUGAUUUCAUUUCUACGGGACUUCUUUUUUUUUUUGUUUCUUCCCCCUCAACGCUAUUUCUACUCUCUAACAAUUCCUGCGGGACUUCUUCUAUAAACUGGGGCUGUCUCGACUGAAGAUCGGCCUCCCCCAAGUACGCAGCAGUUCUCCUUCCUCCACCGGAGCUGCACCGUGGAUUUACUUUGUUUUUUAAAACUGGGACGAAUGCAUGCGUAAAAGCGCGCUGAACCUCCAGAGAACUAACCAAAAAAAGAAAAAAAAAGGGAAUUACGCAAAGGGGAUACACUCGCACUUGGAUUAACAGACAGCGAAUGUUAUGCAUUAGACCUUAAAGUCUACGUUUGGACAUUGCCCCCUUCCUUUUGGAUGGACUUUUUGUAGGCUAUUUGGUUGAUGGAUUCGAUGUUAUGGAUGGUUGCAAAUAGGCAGGUUUUCCGAUGCAUGCCAAGUCCACGGUGAAUGUCGGAAGUGGUGAUCCCCCCAGAUGGAGCUCCAAAGUCAACAUGGCCCCGGCGGUUCAUUAGUGGUGAUCCAGCAGCCUUCCCUAGAGAGCCGACAGAGGUCGGAUUACGAGCGGGAGCUCCAGCAUGCCGCCAUUCUCUCCCUGGACCAGAUCAAGGCCAUCCGCUCCAACAACGAGUACACCGAGGGGCCCUCAGUGGUACGGAGGCCCCCUGCUCCCCGCAUGGCCCCCAGGCCCCACGACAAGCAGGAGAGGACUCACGAGGUCAUCCUCGUCAAUGUGAACAACAAUUAUGAGCACCGGCCGCUGGGGGGGCACCACCACCACGUCGGAGGCGGCGGUGUGGUGGUGGUGGCUGGAGGGCAGCAGUAUGGAGGGUCCCGGGCACCGGGGCUCAGCCGCUCCACCAGCACAGGAAGCGCCGCCAGCUCAGGGAGCAACAGCAGCGCCUCCUCUGAGCAGGGACUCUUGGCACGCUCGCCCCCCACCCGGCCCGGCAUGAGCUUACAGCACCACCACAGAGCAGAGUGGCCUGUUCGGACUCAACCCAAGCCCAAGGCGCUCUUGCAGCCCCAGCAGGGACCUAACUUCCACCAGCCUCCACUAGAGGCUCCGCUCAAGCCGCAGGGCAAAGGGAAAUCAGACUUUUCUGGCUCCGGCACCGGGCUGGUGGCUGCAGCCGCCGGGCACCAGUUCAUCUGCGAGUGCUGCGGGAAGUGCAAGUGCAGCGACUGCACGGCUCCCCGCAGCCUGCCGUCAUGCCUGGCGUGCAACGGCCAGUGCCUGUGCUCGGCGGAGAGCGCGCUGGAGCACGGCACCUGCAUGUGCCUGGUCAAAGGCAUCUUCUACCACUGCUCCAACGACGACGAGGGGGACUCGUGCGCCGACCAGCCCUGCUCACUGUCGCGCUCCCACUGCUGCUCUCGCUUUCUGUGCAUGGGAUUAAUGUCGGUACUCUUCCCCUGUCUCCUGUGCUACCCGCCCGUCAAGGGCUGCCUGAAGGCGUGCCAGGGCUGCUACGACCGGGUCAACAGGCCCGGCUGUCGCUGCAAGAACUCCAACACUGUGUACUGCAAACUGGAGAGCUGGGCCACACAGAGCCAGGAGAAACCCUCCUGAUCGGCCCCCCUCUGUGUGUGUUUGUGACUGUGUGUGUGUGUGUGUGCGCGGGAGACUCUAGAUGUGGAUCUUAUGAUGAUAGUCACAAAUUAAUGUUUAUCAAACAUUCUUAAGCACCUCCCACCCCCGCCCCCCCCUCUUCGCUGCAGAACCCUAAGGAGCUAAAAAGGAGUAACGAAAACCACUCGAUUUAUUUUUGUUUUCUCUGGAUCAGGACCAUGUUUUUUUUUUUUUUUUACAGACCAGUGUUUGCCUUAACUGUUUCUAUGUCUGUCCUCAGCUCCUCAUUAACACUAUUUUAAAAAAAAUACACAAGAGAGUUUUUUUUUCUUCCAUUUUAGGUAGGCAGCUUCCUACCCGGAGUCUGUGCACCGUGGGGGAGCUGCCUCUCUCCAAAAUCUGUGAAGGACGAUCUACUAUAGGGCAAUUAUGUAGCUGUUACCUGGUAUUCAUAGCAAGCAGGUGUGUUUGACUUUAUUGGUUGCUGCCACACUAAAACCUGUGGUUCCUCUGCUCAUGUUGCAUUAACGAAAGCACAUCCAUCUCAUAGUAUUUUCUUUUUUUUUUCUCCGCUUGGAUUAUGUUUCUCUCCUUCCACCCAUCUGAACUCUUCAUUCACAUUCUGAGGCAUUCUCCCAUGUUUUUUUUGUUUUGUUUUGUUCUUUAUUUUGUUGUAAAAUUGUAUUGCUCAAAAAUCCAUAAGAGGAAUUCUGGCUAUUUUUUAAAAAGAAAAAAAUGUCUUGUUAAAACAUUUUUUUUUUUGUUGUAAAAAAUAUUUAUUAUGUGAAGCUCUAUUAUUUUAUGAUAUUUAUUGCAAGAGACAGUCUUAAAAUUUACUCAUGUCUGAAUAUAACAAAAUAUCAAAUACUUACUGAAAAAAUUAAAGGGUGGCACAAAAGAAAACUAUGUUAACUUUAAUGCAGAAAAUAUAUUAAUUAAUGAAAAA